GGCGGGGCACGCGCCCUGCCUCCCCCUGCCCGGCCCGGGCUCCCGGCUGCAGGGAAGUUUCCUCCACGCCGGGUUCUUCAUCUCUGUAGCGGAAGAGAAAAGCAUCAUGGCCCUUAUGGUUCAAGAUUUUACCAGACUGAGGAUUUAUCACGACUGAAAGAUUCUGGAUUACAUCUGUAGCUCCUCUAACUAGCACCCCCAUCCCCCCAUUGCCCCAUAUAUAUAGCCCAGCCCUCCCUCUCUUCUCACUGCAACUUCUGUUGGUUGUAAGUAAAAAGAUGGCAUCCAGCCUUACUUGUACUGGAGUGAUCUGGGCAUUUCUCUCUUUCCUCUGUGCUGCUGCCUCCUGUGUAGGAUUCUUUAUGCCCUACUGGCUCUUGGGGUCUCAGCUAGAAAAGUCAGUGUCCUUUGGCACUUUUCGGAGGUGUUCCUAUCCUGUGCGGGAUGAAAGUCGUCAGACAACAGUUAUGGUGGAGCAGUGUGGCCGCUAUGCAUCCUUCCAGGCCAUCCCAAGUGCUGAAUGGAGGAUCUGCACAGUGGUGACAGGCCUGGGUUGCGGCCUCCUCCUUUUGGUGGCACUGACUGCACUCAUGGGUUGCUGUGUGUCCGAGCUCAUCUCCAGAAAUGUGGGCAGGGUGGCAGGAGGCAUCCAGUUCUUGGGAGGUUUAUUGAUUGGCUCUGGCUGUGCUCUCUAUCCUUUGGGUUGGGACAGUGAAGAAGUCAGGCAGACCUGUGGUAAUCUUUCCAACCAGUUUGAACUGGGUACCUGUGAAAUUGGCUGGGCUUAUUACUGCACUGGAGGAGGAGCGGCUGCAGCUAUGUUAAUCUGUACUUGGCUGGCCUGCUUCUCUGGCAAGAAACAGAAACAGUACCCUUACUGAGGCUGACAGAUGAGUGGCAAACAAGACCGGUUUAGAAAACAAAUGAGCUUUGAGAGGCCGAAGUGACUUGCAAACUUCUUCUGAAUACAGUGCUUUAGCUCUUAACUGCAGUACAGUCAGUCGGAAAUGGCAGUGGGUGUAUCAAGGUAACAUCGGGUGAUACUGUGAAUAGUGGGAGGGUGGGGAGGCUGGCAUGAUGGACCAAAGGCCAAGAAUCUCGGGUGGGAUGAGCAGUUCUUUCUUAACAGAGUUCAUUUCUGGUCUACUCUGAAAGAAUAUAACUGUAGGGAGCAAAGAAUACUCUUCUCAGUAAAUUGUGAAUGUUACAAUGCACCAAUUAAUUGAAAGACUGGUGAAAAGGGAAGUGAUGUGCCAGAAGGCAGGGUAUAAUCUGCCAUAGUUUCCUUUCAGCACAACAGUCCUGAAAACACGCACACGCAGACACACACACAGUCAUCAUGUCCAUGGUACAAAACAAAUAAAAUACAAACUUCUUGGUGCAUUUCUUCUUAGUUUCUUCUCUCUUUUUUACUUUGUUUGAUGAUUUAAAUUCAAUGUUAUAACACUUUUUAAACUAUACAUUAGACCUAAUAAAUGGACCAAUAAGCCACUUUAUCAGUAUUUUGUAUAUUCUCUGUACACUUUUCUCCUGAAGCAUUUAAUUAAUGGAUUAUUCAGCCUUAUAAAACUUUUAUUAUGCCUCUGUGUUUUCAGCAUUAUUACAAAAAUGCAACAUAGUACUCAGCAUAUGUAGCCUUUGCCUAUGGUACUCUUAUGAAGUACAGUAAAUGGACAUCUUUCUGUCCAUUAAGAAUUCCACUCAUGGUACUGUAGAAUACCAUUGAUUACAUAAGACUAAUGGGAAACUUCUUCCAGACAUGGUUUUUGUCACUGUUAUGUUUAGCUCAUAAUUGUCCUUUUGUGCUGUACCAUGUUUAUUAUUUCAAUAUUCGUUUUUGUAAAAAUAUAUAUAAAUGUGCUAUUUUAUGUUUGUAUUGAAAAUUUCUGUAAAUAAAUUUUUCUUUGAUCAGUA